AUGCUGCUGGCUGUUGUCCUUCGCUUCUGUUUGCUUCAAUGGACAGCGUUGCCAGGUCUCCUAGCUGACCGAGUCGAGAUCUCCGCGCCGGUCGCCUCUUCCAAGCGACUCAAUGAGGGUCUAUUUUUGCAUGCAAACGGUAUCAAUCCCUAUGAUGGCGGUGUCUUCAAUCAGGCGCCCAUACUUUUAGCGAUGCUAUCAUUGUUUCGGCAAUUACCAGCAGCAAGACUGAUGGAGAACUUAUUUUACAGCAUCAGUGAUGUCUUGACAUCCUGGAUGGUCCUCCAAUUGGCUUCAUCCAACUACAUCAAGCAACAAACGCCUCCUGACUUGCAAGUCUCCCAGCAAGCAAUCAGCAUCAUCUCGGCUCUGAACCCGUUCUCAAUUUUGGUUUGUGUUGCAAAAUCGAGCGCCUUGUUCUCAAGCCUUGCCGUCAUGGCAGCGCUGACCCAGAUUGUGGAAGGGCAAGUUGGGAGUGGCGCUUUCCUCUUGGCGGUCGCAACUCAUCUCUCACUCUAUCCAUGUCUAUUGCUCCCGCCUCUUUUCCUACUGGUGAAGGACCUCUCAAGUCGCAAGAGCUCACCUUGGAAAUUCCUGACAGUCUUUGUAGGUAGCCUGAUGACCAUCCUGAUCUUCAGCUUCCUGUACACUGGGUCAUGGCGCUUUUUGACGGCAUCAAUGAGUAUGCUCUUCCUCUUUACUGAUCUGACGCCCAAUGUCGGUCUUUGGUGGUACUUCUUCACGGAAAUCUUUGAAGACUUUCGCAGAUUCUUCCUGGGUGUCUUCCAGCUGCACUUGGUCAUUUAUGUUGCGCCCAUGUGCAUCAAACUUAGACGAGACCCAUUAUUCGCUGCAGUAACGCUCUCUGGCAUCAUUGCCAUCUUCAAGCCAUACCCAUCGAUUGCAGACUCGGCUUUUUACAUGACGCUCCUCCCACUCUUCCCACAGAUAUACAAGCACACGCGCAACCUCUUCGUUAUUGCCGUUGCCCUUCUCUACUGCUGCAUCUUUGGCCCGGCCUUCCACUAUCUUUGGAUCUACCAAGGUUCCGGUAAUGCCAACUUUUUCUACGCCAUCACGCUUGUCUGGAAUCUGUCACAGGGACUCUUGUUGACAGACAUCGUUUUUGCUUGGCUCAGAGAAGAAUGGGAACAGCUCAACCCGCAACAUCGAGGUAAGCAGUGCGAAAUCACGCAAGUGGCCGAUUAG